GUACAGAGUAAGUGGCUGGUGGCUAUAGUUUACGGUAUUAUCUUGCUCUGGAGACAUGAUAUGGAUGCACUAUGGGCUACUUCAGGUGGAGUUCUCAAUGCCUAUCUCUCAACUGCACUUAAGGGGAUACUUAACCAUGAACGUCCCGUUUCAACAUUAAGAUCAGAUCCUGGCAUGCCUUCUUCACACGCUCAGUUGAUCUUCUACUCAGUUGCAUUCUGUAUCAUCUCAAUGGUUAAAUAUAUGGGGUUCAAUGGAAUAACUGCAGUCACUGGUGUGCUCAUCUUUGCAAUGGGCUCAUACUUAUCAUGGUUACGAGUUUCGCAACGACUUCACACGUUAAAUCAAGUAAUCGUGGGUGCAGUAUUAGGAUUCUGUUUUUCCAUUUUCUGGUUCUGACUGUGGGAUGCUAUUGUCCUCAAGGCAUUUAUUGAGCACUUUUGGGUUCAGAUUGUAACUUUUGUUGGUGCAGCUGGUUUUUGUGUUGGUUUUCUUCUAUGUGUGAUUCGUAAUUGGGUUAUUGAAGACCCGCAUUGAUUCUAUACAGUGUGUUUACAGGAUUCAGACAUACACACAACAUCGAUUAUUCAUAUAGCAAUUGAAAUAAUCAAGAUAUUUUCUCAAA